CUACCAAUUCCGCUGCCCGAUGUGAAAUAUUUGUUAAUUUGAUUUAUCAGUUAAAUAACUUCGCAAAUGUUUGAAUUAAUUUGUCGAGUUUGUUUCCAACAAGACGAAUUCCUCGUGGACAUUUACGAAACCGUCGAGGAGUUGCAAGUAAAUCUGUGCACCUUGCUGAAAACUUGUGGCGACAUCAAAGUGGACUCCACUGAUGAACAUCCUAAGUAUUUGUGCCAGGAGUGCACCAAAGAGCUGCUCAUCGCGGCCAAGUUUCGCAGAAAGUGCGCGGAGGCAGAGAAAAGGUUGCGGGAUGAGACUGCUAAGAUGAAUAUUGACAUGACAGAGUCUCUGCUGGAGGAGGAAAUCAUCACCUUUGACCCCAGCGACUACAUCGAGGAGCUGCCAUCCGCUGAAGAGGAUUGCGAGAAGGAACCUACUGAAGUUUCAGCUCACAGUUGCCAGGAUUGUGGGGCUGUUUUUCAGCAACCCGCAGCCCUUAGACGGCACAUUGAAAAUGUCCAUGCCUCUAUCACCAUAUACGAUUGUGAGAAGUGUGGCGAGUUCUAUACAGAGCUCAGGAGCUUUCAGAACCACAGCUGCUCUGAUCCUGUAUAUCUGAAGGGGGGCCACAGGUGUCUGGAGUGCGGAAAGUGUUUGCAAUCCGCAUCCAGUCUGGUGGCCCAUAUGCGUCUUCACACCGGUGAAAGGCCCUUUUCCUGCAAUCUGUGCGCCAAGUCCUUUACUACCAAUGGAGCACUGAUGGCCCAUCAGAGGCGCCAUCAGCGUCUGUUGCAGCACCAGUGCCCCCACUGCGGACGUGGCUUUGUGGAGUCCAGCAACAUGCGGCGGCAUAUAGUCGCCCGGCACACUGACGAACGUCCACACCUCUGCACCGUCUGCCAACGUACCUUCUCGAGGGUCUACCUGUUGAAUUUGCACCUCAGGACGCACACCGGGGAGCGACCCUACGCCUGCGGACACUGCGACCGGAGGUUUGCCCAACUGGGCGUCCUCAGAAGUCACGAGCGCAUUCACACCGGCGAACGACUGCAUCGCUGCCAAGUGUGCGAGAAGACCUUUAGUCGGGCGGGGCAGCUCCGAAAGCAUGAGAUGCGACACAAAACCGGACUAUGAUAAGCUAGAGACGCCGAUA